AUGACGGAAAUUGACCCUGCUGCCAACGGGAUCGUGAGGGCUCACUCACAUAAUGCACGCGAGACAAACUCUCGAGAAAUACCGAACUGCUCUGAACUACCAUCAAAUUCCUUGACGCUAACUCAAACUACCCAACUUGAUGGACUGAUGACUAUCCUGCGGGACAAAAUGACCCCUCGAUCGGAGUUCAUUUUUACCGCUGAUCGCAUCAUCCGCCUGCUCGUGGAGGAAGGCUUGAAUCAUCUGCCUGUGGAGUCUCGCAGUGUCGAAACGCCCACAGGCGCUGAAUACAAGGGUGUGAAAUUUUUGGGUAAAAUUUGUGGAGUGUCGAUUAUGAGAGCGGGAGAAAGUAUGGAAGCUGGUUUGAGGGAAUGUUGUAGAUCAGUCCGCAUAGGUAAAAUUUUAAUCCAGAGGGAUGAAGAAACAGCGCUACCAAAACUCUUCUAUGCAAAACUUCCGGACGAUAUUCAAGAUAGAUACGUCCUGCUGCUCGAUCCCAUGCUUGCUACAGGUGGGUCCGCGAUCAAGGCGAUUGACGUCUUGAUCGAACAUGGCGUUCCCGAAGAGAGGAUCCUAUUUUUAAACUUGGUUGCUGCGCCGGAAGGUUUAGCAAACGUCUUUUUCAAGCAUCCCUCAGUCAAGGUGGUCAGUGCUUGGGUCGACGAAGGCUUAGAUGAUAAAAAGUAUAUCAUCCCUGGACUUGGAGACUUUGGAGAUAGAUAUUUUACCAGCUCGUGA